AUGGGAGGACUGAAUUCAAACUUGUCAUCGAAUUCUAAACUUCCAUCAAAAUUCAAACUUGUCAUCGAAUUCAAACUUGCCAUCAAAUUCAAACUUGCCAUCGAAUCCGAACCUGCCAUCGAAUCCGAACCUGCCAUCGAAUCCGAACCUGCCAUUGAAUCCGAACCUGCCAUCGAAUCCGAACCUGCCUCCUAUUCGAAAGCAGAAGCUCUUUUAACUGCAAAGAGCAUUAUUCAGAAUGAAGGAUUUGAACUGGAUCAUAUACGGACAAUGACAAAUGAGCAGGUGGUUCAGUUGAAUAUUGGAAUGGGUAUAUUCUCGAUAAUAAGAAAUGGGUUAAAGAGUCCUAUCUGGCAGUCACAGUUGAAGGAGAUUAAAUUGUCUUUAUCUGCUGAUUAUAAUCAGGAGAAUAUGGAGAAGGCGUACGAUCUCAUUGGUGGUAAAUUCGCUGAGCUGGGGGGGGAUAUUGGCAGAUUUGAUGAUAAAGGGGGUGGCAGAAAAUUCUGUUUUCGCAAGCUUUACGUCCGCCACAAUACCUACCCGCGACCCAACCAAAAACACGAAAACCGACUCGCAAGCGGAAAAAAAACCGACUCUGUCACGGCCGCCCGGCUGAAUGGGGCCCCAAGUAUCGAGUUCACCGGCAACACUGAUGAACGCCCAAGCAAGCUUGAUGAAAUCGCGUGGCUGGUAGCUGAGCUGAAAGGAACAAUCACACAGCAAAGCCAGACAGUUGAAGCCCUCAAAACAUGCUGUGAAGAGCUGAAAACAGACCAGAAAGAGCUAAUCAGACAAAAUGCAAACCUCAAAGACGAGAUAGCUGCCCUAGAAGUCCAGCUCCAGCACAAACCAGAUCAGCGAACAUGGGCAUCUAUCGCCUCCCUCAAUGAAACGAACAUCCCCCCCCAAAACCCUCCAUCCACGGCAGAACGUGCGACUACAAAAAGCGACCAAAAAGACUCUCCACUAUGCAUCCGAAUCAGCACAGCCCCCACCGCCGACCCCAUAUGCAACGAAGAAGGGUCCCUUGCAAGAUACCUCCCAGUGGAAGAAGUCAAAGCUCGAGUGACAGAGGCCCUUCACAAGAACACGUCAACCGAAGGAGUCGAGAUCAUCGGGGUAGGAACUACAAAAACAGGGUACAUCAUACGCUUCCGGGAUGAAGCCUCCAAGGACACUGCCAGCGUGAACGAGGGGUGGCUCCGAAACCUGGGAAACCAAACGAAGCUGGUCAGACCCAGAUUUGGUGUGGUAGUACACCGGACACCCACGCAUGAAGUCGACACUGAGGACAAACCACAAAGCAUGAAGAAGAUAACAGAGGAAAAUGAGCUCGCCCAAAAGGGAUACAAGGUAGAAGAAAUCGCGUGGCUCAAGAAGAAGGAAUCCACCCUGGGCGCGUCGGCGUCACUUGGAAUAUGGUUUGAUAGUGCGGAAGCUGCCGAAUGGGCGCGCAUAUCAACCUCGGCAUACCGGCAAAGGCGGUGCCACAGCCCAGAUGUCACAGCGAUCGAGCUCCAGAUAGGAGAAAGCCAGAUCUUAAUUUUCUCCACAUACAUCCCGCCAUUCGACCCGGCGGACAACCCGAUACACCAGACCUUAAACGAAAUCAGCCGGACAAUCCGGCUCUCGCCCGCAACCACAUUGAUCAUCGCAGGGGACUUCAACCGACAUCAUCAGAUGUGGGGUGGAAUCCAGGUGAACCGAAGACGAACCCGAGACACCGGGGGCCUCUUGGACUUCAUACAGGCUCAAGAACUCCAUAGCUGUCUCCCACCUGGUACUGUCACCUACUGGUCAGCGAGCCACCCAGGCACAUGCUCCACACUCGACCUCACACUCAGCAACGUCCCACAUCAGUUACUCAAAUGCCAUCCCUACCGAGACAACUAUGGUUCCGACCACCUAGCGAUUUACUCAGAAUGGGAUCUGCAACUGAAACAGAAAGAUCCAAACCAGCCACGAAGGCUUUUCGACCAAACGAACUGGGAAGAGAUUGGCAAAGCUGUAGAGAAGGCGAUCCCUAUACUGCGGAUCGAGUCAACAACUCAGCUGGAUGGAAUAGUUGGCAGAUUAAUCGCAACGACAAUAGCAGAAAUAGACAAGCACACCCCGCACGCAAGACCAUCUCCUUACGCCAAACGCUGGUUCAGCCGAGACCUGAAAAUCCAGCAGUCCGAGUGCAACAGAAGCCGAAGGAGGUGGCAGGCUAGUUGCGUUGAGUGGGGAAGCGACCACCCAGCCACCCAAGCCCUACACACGGAAGCGCUGCGGAAGCGCAGGGAAUGGACUCGAACAAUAGAGAAAACCAAGCGAGAACACUGGAAAGAAUUCCUCGACAAAGCGAGCGCGGGCAACCACCUUUGGAAAGCAGCAGGAUACAUCUGCCCCUCAGACAAUUACGCCAACAUUCCCCCCUUGGUGGUUGAGGACACUGAACAUACAGACAACAAAGACAAAGCUCAAAUACUACUGAACAGCUUCUUUCCUCCAGCUACAUUCUCACCGAGAGCGCCACCUACCCACACCCGGGAGGAACUGCCUUGGGAACCGAUCACGGAGGAAGAGAUCCAGGCAACACUGGCGAGGACCAAAAGCAAAUCAGCCCCCGGGAAUGACGGUCUCCCAGCAUUAGUGUGGAAGAAUCUAUGGAAAUACCUGUCGAAACUCAUACAUCAGAUCUUCGAAGCAUCAAUCAGACUGGGACACUACCCAACAAGAUGGAAGACUGCGGUGAUUGUAGUACUACGGAAACCUGGGAAACCGGACUACACGGCCCCUGGAGCAUACCGCCCGAUCUCACUCCUCAACACACUGGGAAAGGUUCUGGAGGGAGUGAUGGCGAAACGCCUUACAUACUACACAGAGAAAUAUAACCUCCUCCCAAACGCACAAUUCGGGGCCAGACCAGGCAGAACUACGGAACAGGCACUUCUAAUCCUGGCCAGCGCCAUCGACCAGGCCCGGAAACGUGGUAGGGUCCUGACCCUAGUCUCCUUUGAUAUCAAAGGGGCCUUCAAUGGGGUAAAUAAAGACACAUUGGAGGCCAGGCUCAGAGAGAUGGGAAUCCCUCAGAUAAUGCGCAGAUGGGUUCAAAGCUUCAUGGAAAACAGGUCCGCCAAUAUAAAAUUCGACGAUUUCAGCACCGAGGUAGCCUCGCUUCCUAACGCUGGCCUUGCUCAAGGAUCUCCCCUCUCCCCAAUCCUCUUCACCAUCUUCAAUUCGGACCUGGUCGACCAACCGGUAGACCACAACGGAGGUGCAUCCGCCUUUAUAGAUGAUUAUUUCCGCUGGAGAACCGGACCAAACGCAGAAAGUAAUCUGCAAAAGAUCCAACGGAUAGAUAUCCCUAGAAUCGAAGAAUGGGCGAGACGGACUGGCUCACGGUUCUCGGCCGAGAAGAUGGAGCUGAUCCAUUUCACUGGAAGAAAAAGAGACCAAACAACGGGGUCCAUCACGAUGAAUGGACACACCAUCUCACCUUCACCAGUGGUCAAGCUCCUGGGAGUAUACUUUGACCAGGAACUAAAUUGGAAAACACACACACAAUAUAUGGUCAAGAGGGCCACCAACACAUGUGUCGCCAUCGGACGCCUGUCCCACCUACGGCCAGAACAAAUGAGGCAGCUCUACACUGCCUGCGUAGUCCCCAAAUUGACAUACGCUUCCACAGUAUGGUACAACCCCUUAAAGGGAGCCACACAAAUCAAGGCUCUCACCAAGGUCCAGCGAACGGCCCUGGUCAGGAUCCUGUCCACAUUCCGAACGGUGGCAACACAAACCCUUGAAAUGGAGGCGCACAUCCCCCCCCUACGCGCCCGGCUGCGACAGCGAGCCCGGGAUGUUGUCAUCGGCCUCCGCACACUCCCACAAUCUCACCCGAUACAUGGGCCCCUCAGGAGGGCCAUGGCAGGGGCAACCUGCAAUGGAAACAGACGUUACUACCCACUAGAGGACACGAUGAGAAUGUUCCACAGAGAGGAGCUGGAACCAAUAGAGACAAUCGAUCCAUGCCCCCCGGAACCAUGGCAGAAACCAGUACUCAAAGGCAUCUACCUCGACUCCGACAGGGCCAGGGCCAUCGAGAGAGCCACGAAAGCAAUGGAGAACCCAACCAAGGCAGUCUUCACCGAUGCCGCAAAGGAGAACUCGGCGCUUGGAGCAGCAGCGCUGAUCAUGGACAAUUCAUACCGCAUCCGGUAUGGCAUACAAGUUGGUGUUGGGCGAGAAAAGCACGGGAAUGUGACAACGGCUGAGCUGCUAGCGAUAUACCAUGGACUAUACCUGCGCCACACAUACACCAUCCUCAGCGACUCCCGUGCCGCUCUUCGAGCCAUUGCAAACUCCUCAAAACAAGUCGGAGGACAGAUAGUCCAGAACAUUCUGCACACAACAAAACAGCUGAAAUCCAUAGGCGUAGACCUCUGCCUACAGUGGGUACCAGGACACAGUGGAAUCAAGGGAAAUGAAAUGGCCGACCAGCUCGCCAAACAGUCAAUCAACCCAAACCCAACGCAUGGUUUCCCAAAGCCGGCCUCACACCUUAGGGAAGCCAGCCGCAACAGCACCACACAGGAGUGGAGAGAUGAAUGGUCCUCAACGGCAAAGGGGACUCACCUGCGGAAGAUCGACGCUGCCCUCCCGGGCCAACACACCCGCCGCCUAUAUGCCACACUUCCAAGGCCUCGAGCAAGACUCCUGGCGCAACUCAGAACGGGCCACUCAUGGCUGAAUGAAUACCGAAACCGAAUAAAAUACACUGACGACAACAAAUGUGAAUGUGGAGCAAAAGAAUCGGUCCAUCACGUCCUAGUAGACUGCCCGAGACUGCAGCAACAACGCCAGGUUCUGCGACAAAAGAUUGGGGUCAGGUUCAACAAUAUCUCACUGAUGCUAGGGGGCAAACCACCAAACUGGACAGUAAAUGGGACGAAAUGGAAAAUCAGUAGGGGAGACCUCAAUGCGACCCUAGACUUCGCUGAGAGCUCGGAAAGAUUCCAAGGCAGAGACAACUAG